CCUCCUCUCUCUGUUGCCACUACCACCGACUCUUCUUCCCUGGCAGCCGCCCCCUCCCAUUCAGGUUGCCACUGUACCCGACCACUGCCUGUUGCGAUGAACUUCGACCACCGCAUGCCACUCCCUCCCUCUUCAUCACGCCAUCGGAACCAAUUGACCUCAUCUGAAGCGGAGCGUAUUAGUUCGGCUGAACGGAGACAAGAAAAUAAUUGAGAAGAAGAAGGCGGAGUGAUGGCCGAAGAACUGUGGAAAUGAGAGGUGGAAAAGAAAAUUUUAACUAAUAUGUAUUUGUAACUUCUAAUCAUCCUCCCCUCCCCCCGCAUAGUGGGACUCACUCCUAGUAUCCUCAUCCCACAUGCAUACUAUGGUAUUAGGAAGCCUGGCCUCCCUUGUUUGAGGGACUAACAACCGCAGGUUGGAAUUGACGC